AUCUUUCUAAGUGUCUAUUUAUAAUUUCGUAUAUAUAGAGGCAGACUUGGGAAAUUAUUUUAGAAUUUUUUAAGUGUGACAACAUUGAGAGAGAGAGAGAGAGAGACUCCAUGUUUACAAAAGAUUUGUUUUCAUUGUGGAAAAAGAAGAUGAACUUGGAGAAUGUUGUGGACGUGUCUUCUUUCUUGCUCUUUGAAGCAACAGGAGAUUCUGAAGGUGACUGUAAUACCAUAAAGGGUGGUGGUGAUGAUAAAAUUGGCCAAGACAUUGCUAUGGCUGAUGAUGAUGAUGAUGCGGAGUCAUGUAUCUUUGAUUUAUCUGAUUUUCCUAGAGUGAGUGAGGUUGAUGAUUCUGAUAUUCAACCAUGUGUUCAUGAUGAUGAUGAUGGUGACGAUGAUGAUGAGGAAGAGGAUGAAGAUGAAGAUGAAGAUGAAGAUGAGGUCCUUAGUUAUAGAAAAUCUACUGGUAAACAAGAUUGGAAGCUAAUGGGCCAUCAAAAAUCAAGUGUUUCUGUUGAUACAAGGAGAUAUGCCUGGUUCUAGUUCAGCUAAGACCGUUCAAGGCUUUGCAUUAGGAGAUCAAACCACAUUCUUUGGUGCCCUUUUCCUCUUUAACAACCAGGACAGUGUAUGGGAAGAAGACGACUGGAAGGCAAUAAAUAUGGUAGAAACUUCUUACAGUGUUCUCUUACAUAGUGGAGGAGAAAGCAACCAAGAGGACAUCACAGUGAAGAGAUGAUAAUUGGGUUUUCCAUAUUCAACACAGUGGCCGCAUCUAAGCUCAGAUUACAAAGAAUAUUAGGUUGGCACUAUCAUUUUAAAAGAUAAUUUGAAUGACAUGCAAUUAGCAAGUAAGUGGUUCAUGAUUAGAUUAGGUUCCACCAUCUCAAUAUUUAACAUGUUUAUGAGGGGUUAUAGGUAAAAACUUGUAAAAGAAGAGAGAUCAUUGGUAAAAAUUAAUUAAUUGAAGAGCAUCUAAACUUACUGAUCCCUUUUUCCAAUAGUUGAUAGAAAUAUGAGGGAGAUAGUUUGGCAAAGCAAGAUCUUCUACAGGAAAUGGAGCAGUCUUAUUUUAUUUUUUAUUGCAUUUCAUUGAAAACACAAACCAUCACAAUUUUAUUCCUCAUAGCAUCCCUAAAAGGUAGUUACUUAGGAUACUCUUCUCCAUUUAUUUCCCUUUUUUGGUAAGUUACCACCCUGCGAUUCCAAAAUUACUAAAACUCUGUUUGUUUUGAUAA